CAGGUUGGUGGCGGGAGGAGGGGACAGCUGCGGGAGCGGGGAGGGGGCGCCGAGCCGCGUGGGCCAUGGCAGAGCCCGGAAGCCGGGAGCCCGAGAGUCGGGCCCGCAGCCCGCGUCUCGCCGCCAUGGCCUCGCCGCAGCUCUUCCGGGCGCUGGUUUCGGCGCAGUGGGUGGCCGAGGCGCUGCGGGCACCUCGCGCUGGGCAGCCCGUGCAGCUGCUGGAUGCCUCCUGGUACCUGCCGAAACUGGGGCGCGACGCGCGACGCGAGUUCGAGGAGCGCCACAUCCCAGGCGCCGCCUUCUUCGACAUCGACCAGUGCAGCGACCGCACCUCGCCCUACGACCACAUGCUGCCCCGCGCCGAGAACUUCGCGGAGUACGCGGGCCGCCUGGGCGUGGGCGCGGCCACCCACGUCGUGAUCUACGACGCCAGCGACCAGGGCCUCUACUCCGCCCCGCGCGUCUGGUGGAUGUUCCGCGCCUUCGGCCACCGCGCCGUGUCACUGCUGGACGGCGGCCUCCGCCACUGGCUGCGCCAGGACCUCCCAAUCAGCUCCGGCAAGAGCCACCCUGUGCCCGCCGCGUUCACCGCUCAGCUGGACCCCGCCUUCAUCAAGACCUAUGAGGACAUCAAGGAGAACCUGGAAUCCCGGCGCUUCCAGGUGGUGGACUGCCGAGCCGCCGGCAGGUUCCGCGGCACUGAGCCGGAGCCCCGAGACGCUGGCGUGCAGUGGCACAAUCUCAGCUCAUCGCAACCUCCGCCUCCUGGGUUCAAGCAAUUCUUCUGCCUCAGCCUCCCAAGUAGCUGGGAAUACAGGCAUGGGCCACCACACCUGGCUAAUUUUGUAUUAUUAGCAGAGACAGGGUUUUUCCAUGUUGGUCAGGCUGGUCUUGAACUCCUGACUUCAGGUGAUCCACCCGCCUUGGCCUCCCAAAGUGCUGGAAUUACAGGCAUGGGCCACCAUAGCCUACAUGAUGGGUCAUCUAAUCUCUCUAAACCAAAGCUUCUGCCUGUAAAACGGGAGCAGUUACACGGAGCAUAAAGCAAGCGUGUAAAGCACUCAGCUCCAGGUUUGCACACACAGGUGUGCUGCACACCAGAAUGUCCCCAACGCUUAUCUCGGUCACACUCACUCAUCUGUAGAAUGGCAGGUGAUACACGCCUAGCAGGCUUGUGUCAAAACAAAGUAAGCUCAGUGCUGCUGGAUCAGUGAUGAGUAUCACUGUCAUUACCAUUGCCACUCCACAGCCUGAGGCCUGGCCAAGUGCACCUGUGAUGUGCCACACAAGCCCAGCAGGCAGGGGACACAUGCUUUGCUUGGUGGAGUUCAAGGUGUGGGGACAGCCCUCCCUUUAAGUCACCACCCUGGGUUGAGAGUUGGUUCUUCUUCCUUGCCCUCGGCUGGACUCUGUGUGAUAUCUGACCAAGCCCAGUUUCUGCAUCUGUUAAGUGGGAUGCAUGAUCCAUUUCAGCUUCUUCACAGACUCGGGAGUGCUGUCUAUGUGGACUGAGAAUAGAUACCCAUACAUGGGUCAGCAGCUGCCCAUAGGGUAGCACUUCACUGUGGAGGGAACCCAAGGCAAAAGCCGGCCGAGAGUCUGGAUGGCUCCGAUUGGAAUCAUUAGUUAUGAAAGUUUAUUUUGCUGGCUGGGCAUGGUGGCUCACGCCUGUAAGCCAAAUACUUUGGAGGACAAGGCAGGCGGAUCACCUGAGGUCGGGAGUUUAAGACCAGCCUGACCAGCAUAGUGAAACUCCGUCUUUAAAAAAAAAAAAGUUCGUUUGUUGCAAAUCCCAGUCCUGCAUGAAAAUGGGAAUAUUAGUAACCCCUGCUUCAAGGUGGGGUGGUGGAAACAACACCCAGGAGUCUGCAGAGGCCUGGGCCUUUUCCCAUCCCACUCUUUCUGCUACUAUCGAAAUGAUCUUUUGAAAAUGGAAAUCAGCAGGGUGCAGUGGCUCAUGCCUGUAAUCUCAGCCCUUUGGGAGGCCAAUGUGGGUGGAUCACAAGGUCAGGAGUUCGAGACCAGCCUGGCCACAAUGGUGAAACCCCCAUCUCUACUAAAAAUACACAAAUUACCCAGGUGUGGUGACAGGUGCCUGUAGUCUCACCUACUUGGGAGCUGAGGCAGGAGAAUCGCUUGAACCCAGGAGGCAGAGGUUGCAGUGAGCUGAGAUCACGUCACUGCACUCUAGCCUGGGUGACAGAUCAAGACUCUGUCUCAAAAAAAAAAAAAAAAAAAAAGGAAGUCUAGGUUGCACAAGGUAGCUUAUAACUAUAAUCCUCACACUUUGGGAGGCUGAGGUGGGAGGAUCCCUUGAGCUUAGGAGUUCAAGACCAACCUGGGCAUGAUGCCCAGACCCCAUCUCAAUAAAAAAAUAAGUGACAGUAAAAAAGUAAAAAUGGAAGCCUGAUUUCCCCUUGCAGUCAGGCGAAAGCCCUCAAGUCUUACUCCAGGCCUGCUAAGGUGUUCCCAUCCCCUUCAGCUUCCCCUCAGGGCCUCCGCCUCCCCACUGUCUGGGCUUUCUCUACAAGGACCUUUAACCCCUCCAAGCAGUGGGUGGUUCCCUUACCUCUCAGAUUCCCUCUGCCUGGGAUACUCUAGGCCCCAUCCACCCAAACCCCUUUAUGUAACUGAAUCCUACUCACCCUUCAGGGCAUUCUCAGAGAAACUUCCUCUACCCGCUGAGCCCCCAGCCAGUGUGACAAGAUGGUGGGCAGCAUGGGCUUCCCUGGGUUUAACUCCUCCCUGCCCUCGCUAGCUUGCUCAAGCUAGUCUUUUUUUUUUUUGAGAUGGAGUCUUGCUUUCUUGCCAGGCUGAAGUACAGUGGUGCGAUCUCAGCUCACUGCAACCUCCACCUCCCAGGUUCAAGCAGUUCUCCUUCCUCAGCCUCCUGAGCAGCUGGGACUACAGGCGCCCACCACCAUGCCCAGCUAAUUUUUGUAUUUUUAGUAGAGACGGUGUUUCACCAUGUUGGCCAGGAUGGUCUAGAUCUCCUGACCUCGUGAUCCGCCUGCUUUGUCCUCCCAAAGUGCUGGGAUUACAGGCGUGAGCCACCUCACCUGGUUGCACAAACUAGUCUUUGUGCUUCAUUCUCCUCAUUUGUACAAAAGAGAGGAUAAUCCUUUCUUUCCCAUAGAAUUUUGGGGUGGAUUAAAGGAGAAACUAUAGCAGAUGGGCUCCACAUGGUGCCCCGCACAAAAUAAGCAUUCAAUAACGUCAGCUAUUGGCCAGGCAAGGUGGCUUACUCUUAUCAUCUCAGCACUUUGGGAGGCCAAGGCAGAAGGAUUGCUUGAGGCCAGGAAUUCAAGACCAUCCUGAGCAACAUAGUGAGACCCCAUGUCUACAAAAAAAAAACAAAUUAAGCCAGGUGCGGUGCUCACGCCUGUAAUCCCCCACUUUGGGAGGCUGAGACGGGUGGAUCACGUGAGGUCAGGAGUUCGAGACCAGCCUGGCCAACAUGGUGAAAUUCCAUCUCUACUAAAAAUAUAAAAAUUAGCUGGGUGUGGUGGUAUGUGCCGGUAAUCCAAGCUACUCGGGAAGCUGACACAGGAAAAUCACUUGAACCCAGGAGGCGGAGGUUGCAGUGAGCCAAGAUUGUACCAUUGCACUCCAGCCUGGGCAACAAGAACAAAACUCCAUCUCAAAAAAAAAAAAUAGCUGAGCAUAGUGGCAUGUGCCUGUAGUUCCAGCCCCUUAGGGGGAAGCUGAGGCAGGAGGACUGCUCGAGCCCAGGAAGCUGAGGCUACAGUGAGCCAUGAUCAUGCCACUGCACUUCAGCCUGGGCAACAGAGUGAGACCCCAUCUCAGUAAUAAGAAUGCCAACUACUGCUAUUGCUGGCAUUAUUUUUUAUGACAUGUCCCAGGCCACCCAGUAGGGCAUUUUUGGAACACCUAUCAUACUUGUAAUUAUUCAGUUGCCUGUCUGCCCUGCCAGGCUAAAACUCCUUGCCUACAAGUGCUGCACGUUCUCGCUAGGCAGGGGUCUUGUUUAUUGCUUUGCUUCUCCUAAGGUACAUAGGAAACCUUAGGGGCCAAUUCUUAGGUUCAAAGUUCCGUAAUUUGCUAGAUGCGUUGGCCUUAGGUGGUACUUAACCUCAGCAUCACCAUGUAUAAAAUGGGGACGGACUCCUCUAAACAGUGCUCAACUUUCAUGGUUAUGAGAAUUUUUAUUUUGUUUUGUUUUUGAGACAGAGUUUCGCUCUUGUUGCCCAGGCUGGAGUGCAGUGUCGUGAUCUCAGCUCAUUGCAACCUCCGUCUCCUGGGUUCAAGCCAUUCCCCUGCCUCAGCCUCCCAAGUAGCUGGGAUUACAGGCAUGCACCACCAUGCCCGGCUAAUUUUUGUAUUUUUAGUAGAGACGGGGUCAGGCUGAUCUCGAACUCCCGACCUCAGGUGAUCCACCCGCUUUGGCCUCCCAAAGUGCUGGGAUUACAGGCGUGAGCCAUGGCGCCCAGCUGGUUGUGAGAAUUAAAUGAGAUGGGGGAUAUAAAGGAUUUAGCACCAUGCUUGGAUGUGAUGCUGUCACUACCUCGGCACCAGAAAUACGAAGCACCAUUCAUGGUGUCCCUUUCUCCCUGCUCCCCUG